UCUGUCCCAGACCGUCAGAUACUCUGCCAGUAUGUUGGAAACGGCACCUAUUGCCUCUCCCCCUGUCACUGCUCCUGGGGAGAAAUCCCUCGCCAAAAAACCGAAGAAGGCAGAAGGAGGCUCCAAAGCUCACAAACCCUCGGGUCCCAGCGUGACCGAGCUGAUCACCAAGGCGGUGUCCGCUUCCAAGGAGCGCAAAGGGGUCUCGCUGGCAGCUGUUAAGAAGGCUCUGGCUGCCGGAGGGUACGAUGUGGAGAAAAGCAACAGCCGCAUCAAGCUGGGGCUCAAGAGCCUGGUGAGCAAGGGCACCUUGGUGCAGACCAAAGGCACCGGCGCCUCGGGCUCUUUUAAACUCAAUAAGAAGCCUGGCGAGGCCAAGGAGAAGGCGCCGAAGAAAAAGCCAGCGGCAAAGCCUAAGAAAUCAGCUGCUAAGAAACCCGCCAGCGCCGCCAAGAAACCCAAAAAGGCUGCGGCCGUGAAAAAGAGCCCGAAAAAAGCCAAGAAAGCAGCAGCUGCCACAGCCAAGAAAGCGGCCAAGAGUCCCCAAAAGCUUACAGCCGUUAAACCCACGAAAGUACCUAAGAGCCCGGGUAAAGCCAAAGCAGUGAAGGCCAAGUCUGUGAAGCCAACUAAACUUAAAGCAGCAAAGGCGGCGCCCAAGAAGUGAAACUGAUUAAAGAGGAAAGGAAUCUUCUCAGCCAAACAAACCCAAUGGCUCUUUUAAGAGCCACCCAUCCCUUCCCCAAAGGAGCUGAAACACUGGGAUCACUUACUUAAUAACCUAACCGUGUCUCCCUUGAAGGGCAGAAACUCCCUUCUCACUUGGUAACAGAAGAGGACAGAUACACGGCUCUGGGAAAGGGUAUUUCUUAGUACGUUUCUUAUCCUACCUCCUCCAUAUCAGCUUUAGUCCCGCGCUCUCGGAGAAAAACAGUGUGAAAUGCUAAAAUGUUAGUGAUCUAUAGACAAAGGUCCCUUUUCUGACCUGGAAGGAGCGGGAAUAGGGAUCAGAGCCGUAGUUAGUUUGAAAAAACCGCACUUUGCCGGGAUUGGCCAGUGAGAACUCACACUGCCCCCCCUUUAUAAACGAGAUUAAGCGUCUCGCCCAGGCUUCUCUAUCUAUUUUGGCAAGAACAUUUGAGAAGAUCAGUGGCUACAAAUUAUUCCCCCCAGGAAAUUUAUUUGUUUUCCAAUCAGAUUUGUGGGCUAUUUGGAACUCUACGUUCUUUUCAAUCGGUAUCCAAGCAGUGGAGAGGGGAACGCUGGUCAUUGUUAUUACCCUUUGGCUAUAAUUUACUUUUCAUAUAGAUUCUAAUCCAUUUCCCACUCUUAUGAUACUUCUAAAUUAAUGUUUCCAAAGAUGAAUCGGGAAUAAAUAAAAAUUCUUUUGUAGUUGUU